CAAGGGGAAGCAAAGCACAGCCUAAGCACGGCGGCCGCAAGAAAUCCAUGAUGCGAGGAGUCUGCAGCACGUUGCUUUACGAUGAGUAGUGGUAGUAUCACGGGAAGGAACUCAUGGUUGCUGGGACUCCAUGAGCUUUUCAGGAACCAUCAUUGUAGUUGGUGGCAGGGUGAUCGGUGCCGGCUGCCAUUGAUAAGCCCGGCAGGGCACGUCACUCGCCGUCAUCACACUCAUCCGCUCCCUGUUCCGGCUCCAGUCUCGGUUGGACUGUAAUAGGUCUGCAUCGAAUAUGCUGUUUAUACAUAAUCGACACGUGCAGGAUCUAACCCCACAGACGCGGAGCGUGGGUUGAGCGGGGCAAUAGAGCAAACGAAAAAAAGGACUGUUUAAUCUCGGCUGGAGUGUUAGUACCGAUUCCGAAGAGGAGCACAUGUGGUGAAUAGCGCCGGAUUCCCCGGACUGCGCGUUCAGACGACAGUUCUACAGCGGAACUCGACGUCCGAGUGUCGUGCCUUGGCUGGGGUGGUCGCCUGUUCCUGCGGGGCCUGCACAUGGAUCUUCAAUGCAAGCAAAGGGUGGUGUUGUCCUCAUCACCGAGAAGGUCGAAAGACGCUGCAAGAUUCUGCCCCUCCUGGACUUGCGAGUUGAAUGUGCCGGUGCCCUCCUAGCUGACGAUCAUCCGGAGAAGGAUGCUGUUGUUGGUUUUCUAUUCUGACAGUUGUACUUAUAGUAGUGGCGCAGAUGAUGGUGGACUGGAUAAUUGUGGCUUCUCGAUGAGAGCGGAGCUGUUGGUUCCCUCCCAACUUGCGUUUUUGGCGUACAUGGUUGCUCUGCAACUUGGGUGUUUGAUAGGCGUGUCUACUUCCAUGGUGCGCUGCUGAUGUCACAGACACAUCUCGUGUAGCACUUUUGGAGCUUUCGGAAGCUUCAUAGCCCUUCUUAGACCUCCUCAUGUGGUUUCUGUAUACAUCUCUGUUUUUCUAUCAUUAUCAAUCUGCGUCGUUCAUAGAAGCCUCCCCCUUCCUUUCUGUAUCUUCUGCUACUUCACAUCAAUCUAACGUACAUUAUUCUAUUGUUCUUUUAUUCUCUGAUAAAUAAGUUUUGAUCAUCUGUGACGUCUUUCGUAUUUGGAGCAGACUGGUCAGUGCCAAAUAUUGACCUUGAACUUACGACAAUCCCUGGAUAUGUGUUGAAAGUCCGCGCAGUGGGUUUCCUGGAGUGUCGAUUAGUGUCGGGUAACUUAGUCAAGUCAAGAUGCCUCAUCCACUUUCAUUCAAAUCGAUUAUGUGGUUCUUCCCAGUGCAUAUGAACUCCACUGUCGAAUUCUAGAAUUUAGCCUGUUCGAGAACAGGCAUAUCCUGCGUAGCCCUAUUUCGAUUCUGCAGAAUACCUUCUUUUGCGGUUCUCAGCUUAAAUAUUCUUGAAUGCGUUUUAUAACAGAGGUGUUGUAAUCAAUUCACAAUAGAACAGUUUCCUCUAGUAAGCCCUGUCACUGACUGCCAUUCAUCAUCUCCCCCAAAACGCCCUCACUGUCUCUCCUCCCCUGACAGUACUCCUCGUAUUUGAAUUUCUUUUUGAACUCGCCGUGUACAGGUUCUUCGGAGUGCAUCUCAAUUGUACCUUUCCAUUAUGACAACAUCGAUUUAGCUCCGGUUGCAGUUGAUUGGUAUUCUUGCUUCAAAGUGACAACUUGAGUGAGCCUAUGAGUUCUACGGGUGGCUUUGUUAGCACAAAUCCAUUUUAGGGGAUUAUUGGAACGCACCUCCAUGGCCACAACGAGUGAGGCCAGAAUGGCUGUACCGCCUCCUGAAGCGGAUCAGUGUGAAGCCAAUACUGAUCUUCAAGAAGUAACCAUCGAUUCUUCAAUAGAGCGCCAGCAGGAAGGCCAGGAACCUUCACAGGAAGGAUUGUCACGUCCUCCCGGAGCUUUCGACUACGUGGAGCUGCCCGUAGGAGUUGCAGUGAACACACCAUGCAGUAGUGAGGUCGGUCUACAAAGGUUGUGGGAAGGGGGCUUAUUUGAUGUGAAUGAGUAUACAGAUGUCACGCUUCAUACGGCCUGCUGUCCAUGGCACACAUUUGGGAUGAACAUGGAGCGGUCGGGCUUCGGUACAAGCUGGACUCAAGGGGGAUUUUUCUUGCUGCUCGCAAUAGGAGCGUUGUGGUUUUACAUCAUGUUUUUGUACACAGGUUCACCAUGGUACAUCUAUGGCACUGUGGGUGUGACUUUGCUGAUUGCAAUUUAUGCUGGUCACUAUCGUGCCCGCAUGCGGAGGAGAUUCAACAUUAUUGGAAGUGAAGGUGACAACACUGUCAGUACUAUCGACGAUCAUCUGUACCACCUUAUGUGCGGCUGCUGUUCACUAUGUCAGGAAGCUAGAACUUUAAAACACAACAAUGUCCAUAAUGGAGUAUGGCACGGGCGUGGAGACAUUCUGGUUAUUGGCAGCCAGGUCGUGUUCUCUCCCAACGGUACAGCAGAUCUGGCAUUGAAUCCUUCUAGGAGGUACCCGCCUUGGAGGAAGAAACCUGAAGUUGAAACGCCCACGGAACCGGUAUCAUUAGAGACUGGAACAGAGCAUUCAUGGACCGGAGAAGUAUCUCAAAUACAGCACCUUCCUCUGAUACAACGUUGACCCUAAAUACUUUGAACCUGUGCUCACAUUGACCCCAAUCAGGAACAUGAUGCAACAGAAUGUUGCAUCGAAUGGAUCAUGGAUGGAUUGCCAACUUUGAACUCUAGUUGCUCCUUGUGACGAAUGUCUACUGGUCAUGCGUUGAGGCAACUGAAUCAAGUUCAAAUGGAGUUUUUAAGCUCUAACGGAGGUCAUGUGGGCGUUGAUUUUUCAUCACUGGCUUGAACAACAAUUUGGAGAAUCUCUUGGCUUAAUGGUAUGUGUAUUUCAUGGGGCAGGUGGCGAUUGCCUGGAUCUAUUUCCGCAACCAUAAACAACCUUGACUUUCUUAUCACCGUUUUCACUCGGCCACGACAUGUCAGACUCCAUGCUAUUAGGUCGCAUCCAAUGUAACAUCGAAUUGGUGCCGGAUAAUAUUCCAAAUUGGUGGCAAGCUGGGAACGCAUAUUCCGGUCCUUGUAAUGAGUCUUUUAUCUGUUCAGGAAACCAGGUCGGCGUCCAUGUUUUGCUCUUUCGGGAGGUAUUCUGGACGUGAUUCAACAAAGUAUAUCCUCGUGAUUUCAUGAUGAUUUUGUGAAUUGCACCGGAGUUUGGGAUGAAGCAGGAGCACGCGUGCAGAAUGCCUGACAGCAUAGGAUCUUCUUUUUUAGCUUCGGUAUGUGCAGCAGGAGAUGCAACUCGUUCCACAUUGGUAAGAGUUUAAGGAGUAGGCGGGUCUUGUUCAACAACCACAUAGUAACGAUAUACGCCGCCCGUCAUUGGCUUACUGUAAAUGGUAAGCAAGUCCAUCCAUUUGAGCUCGAUCUUUCCAGUUUCAUAGUGGUGAUUACGUUACGCAGAUGGCGUUGUACUGAUGGUAUAUUUUAGGUUUAGAAAACCCGGUGUAACAUGCUCUCGAACAAGUAUCACGUAUCACCGAAGUUAAAUCAGUGAACGGGUUACUUCUUGUGGAUACCAGUUUGCAUGCGUUUUGCUUGUUCAGCCGAAACAAAGUCUAAAACAGAAGGCUCUGCCUUGGUAGGAACUGGUUUCACACAUCAUCUCCCAAGUGUCUUGGGCAAGUUUGAUUGAACUGGUGAUAAACCCUAGUAUGUACUAAUCUGAAGCAAGUACAUCAGUACAUAGAUUUCCUGGUUAUUGUCGAGUGUUGCACCAUCUUUCUGUUUUCUGAUGAACAGCUGUUACACCUUCUCACAGAAAUUAGCGGAUAUGCAUUUGUGUCGAAUCAGUUCCAACAGUACUGACAAAAUGGAUUCUUGGUAUCAUGAGAAGAGAAGGUUCAAGUUGGUAUCUUGUAUAUUUAAUGUUGCCUGUGCAACAGAAUUAUUGUUCAGACCUAGAUUUCUUUCAGAUAACGAACUAGUAGUACAACGAGUUGCACCGCCAAAAAAUGGGUGCCUCAAUUUUGAACGUCCAACUGACAGACAUUUUACUCUUUAAUUUGAAUGGACUGCAAACAACAAUGUGAAGGGAUCUGUGUUAUCGUCUUAAUAGAUGAAGUUUCCACCAU